CUUUGACCAUUUCUCUGGCUACCAUUCGUCGUCCUUCCUCGCCCUCUCCUCAUGGAUCACCCGCUACUAGCCGCCGACGACCCACUCCCCCCCUUCCCCGCCUCCUACCCCCAGCUCAGUCGCGUCGACCGCGCAGUCUCGUGCGCGAUCUGCAAGGAGCUCUACAAGGGCCCCGUCAGCAUCGCGUGUGGGCACUCGUUCUGCUCGGCCUGCAUUCGCUCCUUCCUUGACACGCAGAAGAAGUGUCCUACCUGUCAUGAACCGGCCAAGGAGGGAUCCAUCCGGCGUAACCGCGCUCUGGAAGAGAUGACGGACGCGUGGGAGGGGGCAAGGCCAUCACUGCUCGAACUUGCCCAGCCGAAGAAGCGUGUGGUGCAUGAGGCCGGACCGUCGAAGAGGAAACGCGCGAGCUCGUCUCCGCGGCGGACAGCGAGUCCGGACAGCGACGUUGAGGUGUUGGGCGACGACGACUCACAGGAGUUGACAGACAAGGACGAGCAACCGUGUCCCCUGUGUGCGGCAGUGAUGGCGACUGGGGACAUCCCUCUCCACAUCGACCGUGGGUGCCCACCACCAAAGGGCAAGGCGGCCAAGGUCACCGCCUCGUCCGGGAACCAGAAGGCCGACUGGAAGAAGGUCUUCGCGUCGGCAGGCGGAGGCAAGACGAAAGUCGCAGACAUGCGGCGUAUUGUCAAGCCCAACUACAGCCUGACUGGCCAGGCCGAGCUGCGCGCCCUCUUGACCGAGCACGGUUUGCCAACUACGGGCGAGCGACCGGCACUCGAGGCGCGAUUCCAGGAAUGGAUCGUGCUGUACAACGCCAACCUCGACACGUCACACCCAUCAUCCCUGCCAGCGCUGCGUGCACAGCUGGCGCAGAUCGAGAGCUCGCGGAAACGCGACAAGGACCGCGGCAAGGACGACGAGGUCGGCGCCCUCCAGACAAAGGAGGGCAUGCACAAGCACGCGCAGGACCAGCGAUCCGAGUUUGAGCGCCUCCGCCAGCAAAUCCUCGACCGCAAGGCCAAGAAGACUGGCAUGGCCGUCGACAGCCCCAUUGAAGUCGAGUAGAACCCCAUUAGUAGCAUAGCAUUAGCCGCCCUUUGUUUCAUUCUCUGCAUGUGUAUCAUACAGG